GAAUCUGAUUCCGAGUUCUACAAAUAAAAUGUCUACCGCUUGUCUUGAAUAGAACAAGGUUAUUUUUUUUUAAACAUUCAUAAGUCGUGUCGCUCAUUAGCACAGCAUCAUCAUGGGGAACAUAUUUGAGAGACUUUUCAAGAGUUUGUUUGGAAACCAAGAGAUGAGAAUUCUGAUGGUGGGCCUCGAUGCUGCGGGUAAAACAACAAUACUCUACAAGCUGAAGUUAGGAGAGAUAGUCACAACCAUUCCAACUAUAGGUUUUAAUGUUGAAACAGUUGAGUAUAAAAACAUCAGAUUUACGGUGUGGGAUGUUGGAGGUCAAGACAAGAUCAGACCACUCUGGAGACACUAUUUCAUGAAUACUCAAGGCCUUAUUUUUGUGGUAGACAGUAACGACAGGGAGCGUGUCGGUGAAGCGAAAGACGAGCUACAGAGAAUGCUUAUUGAAGACGAACUACGAGAUGCAGUCUUAUUGGUUUAUGCAAAUAAACAGGAUUUACCUAAUGCGAUGGCUGCAGCUGAGAUCACCGACAAACUAGGUCUGAACAGCUUGCGUAACCGACACUGGUACAUUCAGUCGGCAUGCGCGACGAGCGGAGACGGGCUGUACGAGGGCUUGGAUUGGCUGUGUGCGCAACUCAAACACAAAAAAUAACUGGAGAAAUGUAUACUGUUGUAAAUGAAGACCUAUAUAUAUUUUAUUUGUUGUAUGCACAGAUCAUAAGUGCUUGAAUUUUAUUAGAGAAUAUUGGGAAAAUACUCAUUAUUUCCUAUUGUGAAUUUAAAAUUUGAAUAAGUCAGCCCACCGUAAGAGCUAAAUUAUUUUAUUUGUGCUAUGCACAGAUCCUAAGUGUUUGAUGGUUUUUUAAGAGAAUCUUGAAAACUAAAAAUACUCAUUUUAAAUAGUGAAUUUAAAAUUUCAAUAAUACAGCUAUAUUAUAUGAUAAAAUUUUGUCGUGUGUAUAGAUCCUAAGUAUUUAGACUGAUAGAGAAUCUUGAAAAAGACAAAUUAUUUCUUAUUGUAAAUUUAAAAUUAGACUACAGACAGCUCACCAUAACUGCCAUGUUUAGUUAUUUGUUGUAUACAUAGGUUCUAAGCAUUAUUUUUAUUCUAAAUUUAAAAUUUGAAAGAGACAGUCCAGUGUUUGACUAAGAGUUAUAUUAUGUUAUUUCUUUGAUGUGUAGAUCUGAACUAUUAUUUUUAAGGAAUGCUUCAGUUUCCAUGAAUACAUCCAGGGUUUCUGCCAAAGGGUAAAAUGGGAUUGGCACCAUACCAACAUUUGUUUGCAGAUUUUAUUUGUUUUAAGUUGACCUUUUAAAAAAAAAAAUUAAUGAAUGACUUAUUACUGUAUAAUUUUCUUAACCCUAAACAUAACCCAUUUUCUUUCUUGGGUUGGUCCAACAUACCCCUAUCUACUGUGGUUACAUUCAGCACACACAUUAUAAAUAUUCAAUCUCAACCCCAAAAAGAAUUUUCUGGCAGAAACACUGGCAUCUAUGAGAAAUUCUGCUAGCACAAGAUUCUUAAACCUUUUUGUUUAGCAAUUCAAACAUGCACUUUAUCACACUUUCCACCAUCUUUUACACAUUCCAAGUUUCAUUUAUCAACACAGACACAUUUCUCUUAUGGUAAAUCAAAAGUAGCAUCAUAUACAUAUUCUAUAUUUUGAAUCAUACAGAUAGACACGGUUCUGGGCUCAAUUUCACAAAACAUCGUAAACCUAGUUUUGCACGUAAACGUAAAUCUACAACUAAACCACAACUCUUAUUACUAUUAAAAAUAUAUCUUGUCCUUAAAAUGCUCCAUCUUUCACAAGGAUGUAAUUUUUCUAUGUGAAAUACAUGCCAAACACAUGUAAACCUAUGGCCGGUAUAACUGCUAGUAGCAGACAUAAAGUUACGAUAUUUAGUGAAAUUGGUUCCUCUUGAAAUUCUUUCUUUUAUUAUUUUUUAUUUUUUUAAUUUUAAAAAAAAUGCAUGAUUGCUUUUGGUAACAUUUUGAAUGUGCCAAAUGGAGUAUGGACUAAGUUGGUUUUUGUCAUAAAAGUUGAAGGAAAAUAAUGGGUGGAUGUGGAGGGAUGAGUGUUAAAAAUUGCUCUCCUCUGUAAUCAGUAAGAAUAAUGUAUAAAUGAUGUCAGUGGGUUUCUUCUUCAAUUCUCCUGACCAAGUAUCAAUGUAUUAUGUAAUUUGGUGUGAUGGACUGAGAUAAAAAAACAAAGAAAAAAUAAGAAAGCCUUUAAAAAUGUCAGGCAACACUCACACCAGUUCCUACAUUUGUUGCAGGAUGUGCUUUCAUGUGAGCAUCCAGAGAAUGUUGAUCACAUUCCAUUUAAUCUGUUACUAUGGUAGUGUUUACUGCCCACUGUGAGAAAUCAUUAGUCUGAUUCCUGCAACUAAGAGCUGUUUUUGCAUUUUAUUUUGUAUUUGACAUGCUUUACCUUCAUGAUUACCUGGUCCAGGAUUUCAGACCAAGAACCUUGAUGUUGUGAAAUAUGACCAGUCCACACAGACCUCUUUAGUGUAUUGUGAAGGAUGAGAGAUAAGGCAAGGGAGAUGAUUUAAUACCACUUGUAACCAUUUUACCCAAUUUUCUCCCCUGAUCAAUGUAAGAAGGGGAUGAACAUGUAGUGUUGUGGUAAAGCUCUCACCUCCCUGUCCUGGACAGAACUCUCUGGCGAAGUCAGAGGUUGAACCCAUAACAGGCGUGCUUGAACAGUUCUCUGAUGGAAGCAUGCCAAAAAUUACCCACACCAACACCCACACCCACACCCACACCCACAGCUCUCACCAGAGCAAUGGCAAGUCACUGGAUCGUGAAUAGAACAUUUUUCACUUUAUCCAGUAUUCCAUGAGUGGUAUAACAAAGGUUGUGGUAUGUACCGUCCUACCUGAAGCAAAGUACAUCUAAAAAACAAUGUUCUUGUUAAGAGUAAAAUAUGUGGCAAUAGUAUUGUUUAGUUGUUUUAGUGUGUGUGUGAAUUAGCUUAAGUUUAACUGGAAUAGUUGCAGAGCACCCAAUAUGCCGAGAUAUCCUUAACCAUUGUCAUUACCCACUAGACCAUUUCUGCACCAUAGUUUUGACUUCAUACAAAAUAAAAAUGACAAAUCUUACUGUAGUUUUACUUCAUAUCCUUAUCCAGUUUAUUGUUGUCAUAUAGUGAUGUAAAAUGACGUCAUUUGAAUACUGAUAUAUCAUUUAAAAUGAACAAUAUAUAUACACAUGUAUUAUUAUUACGCUUUGCCACAUUAAGACAAAACCAGUCUACUUUCUUUCACCCCUUUGAAAAAGAAGAACAAAAGAGUACCAUUUGUCAAAUAUAUUAUAUUUAUUGAGUACAGAGACCAAACAAUGGUGCAGGAAUUUUCUGUCACAAAACAUAAUUUAUGAAUUAUGAAUUUUGAAAUUGUUAAAAUGUAAUAUUUCAUCAACCUGAAACCAUGUUGUUUAUUUUUACUGUUACUGAUUAUGUAAUGGGUGACAAAGCUGAUUUUAAAAAUAUAUUUCGGCAUUGCAGGCACAUGUGCAUGAAUUUAUGUAGAGGUGGGUGUCUAGACUGGAAAAAAAAGUUUCUAGGCUAAGUGGGGUCAAGUCAUGAUUUCCUGGAAAAUAUAUGGGGGAAAAAUGUUUCCUUUUGAUCUCCAACACCCCGUACCUACCUCAAUUUUGGUGGUAAUUUGAAGUACGUUUAGGAAAGUACUGUUAUUAUAGUUUACUAAUGACACUUUUCCAAUAGAAGCAGAUAUAACAGAGUGGAGUUAGACAUGCACUCGACUGAGAUAUUUGCGUCAAAGGAUCGAAUCCCCUUGGCGGACCCAUUACCCGAGCACACCAGAUGUAUAGAAAAUGAACUAUCUAAACAAUAAACUGGUUCCACCAGAGGUACAUCAUGGUACCGACUGCUUUUAGAGGACUACAUGUCUUUAAAGAGUUAAAGAGACUAUCCUUAGUUUUCUGUCAUUGUAGGUUGUUUCUAAUACAAUUUUUUGACAACUUAAAUUACAUACUAAAUUCAAAUUUGUGUUUAGAAUAUCAGUGUCUGUGUAUUCAUUGUGUUUGUAAGUAGCCUAAUGUUUGUAAGUAGCCCAAAUUAGAUUUGGUACCAAAAUAAUAUAUA